AUGUCGAACUCUCCAGGAGCCGAGAGCUCGCGUACUCACGUACUAGGAAAAGAUGAUACCAAUGACCGUCGUAUUCCGCAGCUCCAUGUCCUCUCCUCCAUCCCAGAUGACAACCUCGAGCUUAAACUUGAACAGUCAGAAUAUGAAUGGCAACACGACCCAGUCAACCCCAGGAAUUGGUCUCUUGGGAAAAAAUGGACAACCACUACAAUCCUUGCCAUCUACACUUUUGUUACUCCCUUAGCAAGUUCUAUCAUGGCACCUGGUCUGCCCGACGUGGCUAUAAAAUUCAAUAUAACAAAUCCAACAAUCACAGCUUUGACUCUAAGUAUAUUCCUUCUAUCGUUCGCCAUCGGACCUUUAUUUGCCGCACCCUUGUCCGAAGUUUAUGGUCGUUUGUGGGUGCUUCACUUGGCGAACCUUUUCUUCCUGGUUUUUAAUCUCGGCUGCGCUUUCUCACGCAACACGACAUCUUUCAUCAUCUUUCGGUUUUUAGCUGGUUUCGUGGGGAGUACACCCGUAGCAAUUGGCGGAGGCGUCGUUGGCGACCUCUUCUCCGAACGCGACCGUGCUUCGGCUAUGGCACUAUACUUUAUCGGACCCUUGAUAGGUCCCGUAGUCGGGCCCGUCAUGGGAGGCUUCAUCGCAGAGUCAGUUGGCAUACAAUAUGUUUUCUAUGUCGUCGUAGCUAUCUCUGGCGUUGCCGCAGUACUUGGCAUUCUUCUCAUGAGAGAAUCAUAUGCUCCAGUCAUCCGUCUUCGCUGUGGAAAAAUGGCUGCUGAUGUCGAAAAGGCAGCCGCGGGAUAUCCUGCAAACCACGUGAACAAAUGGGCUUACUUGUGGAUCAACCUCAAGCGACCGAUCAUAAUCAUGACCAGGAGUUUCAUAUGCUUCAUCCUCAGUUUAUACAUGGCUCUGAUUUAUGGUAUCUACUAUUUGAUGUUCACUACUUUCCCCGAUCUCUUUUCGAACGUGUACCAUUUCAGCAUUGGAAUUGGAGGUUUGCCGUAUAUCGGAAUCGGCGUUGGAUUUCUAUCUGCCGCAGUAUUCGGCGCCAAAAUUUGCGAUAAGACAUACAUAUACCUUGCUACACAAAAUGGAGGAAAGGGCAAACCAGAGAUGCGCAUACCUGCUCUCAUAUUUGGCUCGUUGUUCGUCCCAGUGGGACUAUUUUGGUACGGUUGGUCUGCCCAAGCCGAGAUCCACUUUAUGAUGCCCAUUGUCGGCACCGCCAUCUUUGGAUUCAGCAUAAUGACAGCCUCCCUCGCCAUUCAAUUAUACCUCGUAGAUACAUUUACAUAUGCUGCAAGCGCUGUCGCAGCUGCUUCUACAUUGCGUUCACUCCUCGGGUUUGCAUUUCCUCUGUUUGGACAACAGAUGCUCGCUGCGCUUGGUUAUGGGGGAGGCAAUUCACUUCUUGCAGGUCUUGCCAUCGUCAUAGGUAUACCUUUCCCCAUCUGGAUAUAUUACGCUGGCGAACGUAUGCGUGCAAGGAGUUCUUUGACUCGUUGA